CCAACCUUAUGACAUCAAAGAACAUUAUUUGGCGCCAAGACUCUUAACAAAACCACGCCAACGGACAAUUCUAGCGUAUCUAUCUCCUUGUGUACUCGACAUUAAUCGACGACGAACUCUUGUGAUGUCUGAGUCGUCUCCGACUCAAUGCCAAUGCAAACAAAUUCAGUCACGCCGUUUGUUCGACGAAAUGCCCCAGAGAAUUUUAUAUGCAUCGAAAGCUAGUAAAAUCAUUCAUUCGCACAGCUUAAAAUUUGGGUUUGGAUCAGGGGGGAAGCUAGGAAAUGCAAUUGUGGAUUUGUAUGCAAAAUGUGGCAAUGUGGAAUAUGCCGAAAAGGCCUUUGACCGACUUGAAAACAUAGGCACAUUGGCUUGGAAUUCAGUUUUAUCGAUGUAUUCGAAGCAUGGAAUGCUGGAAAAUGUGGUGAAAUACUAUGGCUUUAUGCAGAAUUGUGGGGUGGAGGCAAAUCAGUUUACAUUUGCAAUUGUUCUAUCAGUUUCUGCUAGAUUGUUUGAUGUUGAGUUUGGGAAACAAGUGCACUGUAGUGUUACCAAGAUGGGGCUUGAUUCUAAUUCCUUUUGUCAAGGUUCUCUUAUUGACAUGUAUGCAAAAUGCCAUAAUGUAGUUGACGCUCGUCAUAUAUUUGAUGGGGCAGCGGAACCUGAUACUGUUUCUUGGACAGCAAUGAUUCAAGGUUAUGUUCAAAUUGGUUUGCCUGAGGAGGCACUAAAAGUGUUUGAGGAGAUGCCAAAAGUUGGCCAUGUUCCAGAUCAGGUAACAUUUGUAACUGUCAUAAGUGCAUUUGUUGCGCUAGGAAGACUUGAUGAUGCGUGCCACUUGUUUUCUCAUAUGCCUAGCCCAAAUGCUGUAGCUUGGAAUGUGAUAAUUUCGGGGCAUGCCCAGAGAGGUUGUGAGGUGGAAGCUGUCAACUUUUUCCAAGAUAUGAAUACAGCUGGUGUUAAACCGACAAGGUCCACUCUAGGAAGUGUUAUGAGUGCUAUUGCGAGUUUAGCAAAUAUUGACUAUGCCUUGCAGGUCCAUGUUCAGUCAACUAAACAGGGGUUAGAUUCUAAUGUGUACGUGGGCAGUUCUUUAAUUAAUAUGUAUUCCAAGUGUCAAAGCAUUGAAACUGCAAGGAAAAUAUUUGAUGCAUUGGAGGAGAAAAAUGUUGUGUUGUGGAAUGCAAUGCUUGGAGGUUAUGCCCAGCAUGGGUACACUUGUAAAGUAAUAGAGUUGUUCAUGAAUAUGAGGGAUUCUGGUUUUCAACCUGAUGAAUUUACCUAUACUAGCAUUCUGAGUGCUUGUGCCGGAAUGGAAAGUAUAAAUAUGGGGCACCAAAUACAUUCGUUUAUCAUCAAGAACAAAUUUGAAUCAAACUUAUUUGUGGGUAAUGCAUUGGUGGAUAUGUAUGCCAAAUCGGGGGCGCUAAACGAUGCCAGGAAACAAUUUGAGCUAAUAAGGAAUCGAGAUCAUGUUUCCUGGAACGCAAUUAUUGUUGGAUUUGUGCAGGAAGAAGAAGAAGAUGAGGCUUUUGACAUGUUUCAGAGAAUGAGAUCAGGUGGAGUUGCUCCUGAUGAAGUAUCCUUAGCCAGUAUACUUAGUGCUUGUGCAAAUAUACAAGCCCUUGAAAAAGGAAAACAGGUACAUUGUUUAUUGAUCAAAUAUGGUCUAGAAACAAGUCUUUAUGCUGGAAGCUCUCUUAUUGACAUGUAUGCUAAGUGUGGGGUCAUUAGGGCUGCAAGCCAGGUCUUCUCUUGCAUGCGUGAGCGAAGCGUGGUUUCUAUUAAUGCUUUAAUUGCUGGGUAUGCUCAAACAAGUAUCGAGGAAGCAGUAAUUCUAUUUCGAUAUAUGCUGGCUGAAGGACUGAAACCUUCGGAAGUCACCUUUGCCAGCCUUUUGGAUGCAUGCAGUGGACCUUCUAACUUGAAACUUGGGAGGCAGCUUCACUGUUUAAUACAGAAGAUCGGACUUUCAUAUGAUGAUGAAUUUUUGGCCGUCUCUCUCUUGGGCAUGUAUAUGACCACCCAAAGAAAAACAGAUGCAAGUGUUCUUUUCUCAGAGUUCCCAAAUCCAAAGAGCACAGUAUUAUGGACUGCUAUAAUUUCAGGACACACUCAAAUUGAUUGCAGUGAGAAGGCAUUACUUUUUUAUAGAGAAAUGCAUAAAUCCAAUGCCAUGCCAGAUCAGGCAACAUUUGUUAGUGUCCUUAGAGCAUGUGCAAUCUUAGCUGCUUUGCAGGAUGGUAGGGAAAUCCAUUCUCUCAUUUUUCAUACUGGUUUUGAUUCAGAUGAGUUGACAGGGAGUGCCCUUGUUGACAUGUAUGCUAAAUGUGGGGAUAUUAAAAAUUCAGUGCAAGUUUUCAAUGAAAUGGUCACCAAGAAAGACGUUAUUUCAUGGAAUUCCAUGAUAGUAGGAUUUGCAAAAAAUGGUUAUGCCGAAAAUGCAUUGAAGAUCUUCAAUGAGAUGAAGCAAACACAUGUAAAGCCUGAUGAAGUCACAUUCCUUGGUGUGCUUACUGCAUGUAGUCAUGCAGGGAGAGUAUCUAAAGGCCGCCAAAUAUUUGAUAUUAUGGUCGAUCAUUAUUUGAUUCAGCCACGUGUAGAUCACUGUGCCUGCAUGAUCGAUCUUCUUGGCCGAUGGGGUUCUCUCAAGGAAGCAGAGGAUUUUAUCGACAAACUAGAAUUUGAGCCUGAUGCUAUGAUUUGGAACACAUUUCUUGGCGCUUGCAGAAUACAUGGGGAUGACAUACGAGGGCAACGUGCAGCAGAAAAGCUCAUUGAGUUGGAACCUCAGAAUUCUUCUCCUUAUGUGCUGCUUUCUAAUAUAUACGCCGCAUCAAGCAAUUGGGAUGGGGUUAACUUUGUGAGAAGGGCAAUGAAAGAAAAAGGAGUGAUAAAAUCUCCUGGUUGUAGUUGGAUUACGGUGGGCCAGAAGGCGAACUUAUUUGUCGCAGGGGAUAAAUUUCAUCCUGAUGCUGCUGAAAUCCAUGCGGUUUUGAAGGAUUUGACUGCAUUCAUGAAAGACGAGGGUUAUGUUGCUGAAAUUGAACCUUUUAUACUAGAUGGUGACUGCGAGUGUGGUUUUUCUCGUCAUCUAAGUUAUGUCAUGACAGAGGAGGAUACAUCUGUAGAUGGAAGCCAUAAAUGGAUUGGGGAGUUAUUAAGCUAAAAGGGCAAGGGUAAGAG